GCUUCUUCGAUCGGCCGAAUUUCGCUGCAGUAAACUUGGUGGCCCGAGAUAUAUACGGGUGACGAUCAUAGCGCUCCGUGAGCAUGCCUGAAACGUUCGGUGCUGUUGAGUCUCAGUGAAACACAGUACCUCGGUGGUCUCUCAUCCAACAGGACCCUCUACAUUUUUUUGUAAAAGACAUGUUUUCCGGACUUACGAAUCAAGUGAGUAGCUGGAUGGGGGGAACGGCAAAGAAAGAUGGUGAUCCCCAGAAGAGCGAAGAAGAGAACUUGUCGCCUCAUGCUGUGGAGAAUGACGUGAUAAGCAACACUGAAGCUGAAAAUAAGAAAGACAGUCCGACUAAAGGAAGCAAAUUGGAGAUGUUGGGGAAUGUAAAGAGCCAGAUGACAAGCUGGCUAGGGUCUGGUGUUUUGGGAGGCCUAAGGAAGGGGGACCCAUCAGACCCAAAUGCAACUACAGGCCAGCAACCAUCAGAUCAGUCAAGUGAUCCUGCUCAGCAGACUUCUACUUCCGAGAAGCCAGCACAGGACACAACUCAAGAAACCAAAGAAGAUGAUGACUCCAGUGCUACAGGAGGAGCAGACAGUGAUGUGGCUGCCUCUGAACCAGGAACACCUGUGGAGGACAAGGAAGGGGGCCAACCAUUUGGUGCUGUCUCAACUAAAGCUUUGCAAGGCGCCAAAUCCAUAGGAAGCUUCCUUUUCUCUGCUGUGAAUAAGGCUGGAAAAACAGUGAGCGAAGCAAGUGCAAAAAUCAAGAAGACAGUGGAAGAAAAUAGCCUUCUUGGAGACUUCAACAAAGAACAGGAAUCAUUCAUCAAGGAAAAACAGUCAAAAGGUGCGGAACCUGCCUUUCCUCCGUGGGUUGGCUGUGCUAAUGAAGAAUCUCUCAAAGAAGAAUGCCUCACACUUUCUACGGACAGGCGAACCUUUGUCCGUAGCCCACCAGCUGGCGUAGACUUUCAUUUUGACUAUGAAGUGUCAUAUCCCGUAGCCAUGGCAACGCUGGCAGAGGACCCAAAUCUGGAGAAGAUGAGAUUUGAACUGGUUCCUAAAGUGAUAAGUGAAGAAAACUUCUGGCGGAACUACUUCUAUCGUGUGAGCCUUAUCCGUCAGGCUAAUGAGUUGUCAUCAAUGGUCCAGGAACAGGGUGAGAAUGCUUCAAAGCCUGGCAGUGUUGACGUUGCUGAACCAACUGCAAAACCCCAACCCCAUGAAGUACCUGUUGCGGAACAAGCACCUGCAGACAGCCCCUCUCACGAGUUUGUGUCAGACACAUUCCAGGCAAGUUCCAGGGACUUAGAGGAGGUUCGAGAGGGUAUGAAAAAACUCGGUAUGGAUCCUGACAAAAGGAAUGAAGAAGAGUGGGAGAAAGAGCUAGAAGCAGAACUACAAGAUUAUGAAGUGGUUGCAGAUGGAGACAGUCAACAAGACUCAAACUGGGAGAAUCAAAUUGAGGAGAUGCUGGAUGCUGAGGAUACAACUGAUCUGAAAUAGCUGACAACUUGUAACAGUAGGCUGACGUACAUUUAUGACCAGUUGCAGCUUAUUUUUGGGUAUACCUAAGGGCUUCAUGAAAUGGCCUUCUUUCAUUGUAAAAGAGAUUACUGCUAGCCUAAAACUAUUUUAUUUGUUCUGGAUGUCAGCUUCAGAAUUCGCCAAAUAUUUUAUUAAUCAUAAAGGAAAAAUGUCAAUUUUCAAGUUACCGUGUUCUAUAAAACAUACCAGAGAAUGACUAUAAAAUAUCAAAUUAAAAAUAGUGUUAAUGCACAUUAAUAAAUAAAUAGCUGAAUUAAUUUUCUAAAAUAAAUGAGAUUUCCUUUCAUUGGGUGAAAUAGAAGGAUAAAUUACUACAUUUUGUUGAAAUACUGGAAAUAAAGUAAUUUGAUUUAUUUAUGUAAAAAAAAUCUUUUUAAAAUUGUGUUCCAUAAAUUAAUAUUAUUUAGUGUUGCUAUAAAUUGUAUAUGAGUGUAUGUACAUACUUCAGAAUAUGUGAAAAGUUGUAUAUGAGAACUGUACAGUUUGUGAUCAAGUGUCUGUUUGUGAUUAAUUUCAGCAUUUUAUAACAAAAAGUUGUUACAACCAAUUAUUUUUUGUGUAGCAGGAAUUAACUGUCAUAAAAUUACAAAAUUUUAUAUUUCGAGUAAUAAGUGUGCUUACAUGUUGUACCAGAGAAUAUAAAAGUUGAUGGGUCGAGUGAAGUAGAAAUUGUUAGAGUGCAAUAACCACUUUCUGCCUAUAAGUAUUUCACUUGAUCAAAACUGUUGAUAUAUAUCUGUGUGUCUGUAGUGUAACUGUUUCAGAGGUGUGUGUCAUUAUUAAAACUCUUCUUCAAAUAUGAAACCAUUCUAAAAUGACCUGACUUGCCAUUUUGUCGUCACCUUUCACACAAACAUUCCACUUGCAGUGAUCAGUUCUGUUGUUUAAUAAGUUCUUCCCAGAAUGAUUUAAAGGUGUCUUCAACAUAAACAUUUAAUGAAGAAUAGAAAAUGCAAAUAUACCAUUGUCUAGUCUUCUGAAUAGAUUUUCAAACAAGAUUUCUUCAUAAUCUGUAGUUUAUCAUCCAGUUUUUUUCCCCCAAAAAAAUGUUCUGCAAACCAAUACAGAUGGUGACUCCUCUUGAUACUAACCUCCACAGAAGAGUGAAAUUCAUUCAUCAUACUUAUUGAUUCCCUGACAAAAGUAAAGUAGCUCUGCCCUUGAAGAAUGUUGCAGCUAUUGCUUUGUAGAGGACUUACUGAAGGUUUAUGUUACUGAAAGUUCCUAUGUCACUGUUGUAAUUUCUAUAAUAACUUUUUAUAUUUUAAUGAUAAUAAUUACUUCAUUAAUUUUAAAUGUUCUUAUUUUGUCUUGUUAUUAUGUGGUUUUCUCUUCUUGUUUGUUUCACUGAGAGGCAGAGUAUGUAUGUGUGUGUGUGUGUGUGUGUGUGUGUGUGUGUGUGUGUGUGUGUGUGUGUGUGCGCGCGCUUAAGCACGUGUGCACGCGUGUGCAUAAGUGCUUGGUUUGAAUGCGUGCAGGUUCCAUACCGGGUUUGGAUGAAUGUUGGUUUGAUUCUUCAUGACUUCAGGAGUGGCUGAGAAAUAUAUGUAUUUGCACAAGUGAAGACUGUGUUGGGGUAUAAGUUAAAAUAUGUUUAUUAAGAAUGAGUUAAUGUAACCAGCCUGAGUGAAUAACAAUUAACUAUGAUGCAUACAUUCUUCCAAGUUAUUUCAAGAUCUUCUUGUUUAAAAAGAAAUAGACAAUAUAAGUAGCCACUGGGAUUCCUAACCACCUUCAUAAUGUACCUUUUCAUCUGUUGGAUGUUAAGAAAUAUAGUGUAUGUAUAACAGAUAAAUGUGCAUGUAGGUGAAAACAAAUGUAAUUAAUGGUUACAAUAUACUGAAAUAUAUUGUGUGUUUCCCUGGC